GCUCCCGGACGCUCCGGACACCGCCGGACACUCCGGACACCGCCGGACACCGCCGGACACCGCCGGACACCGCCGGACACUCCGGACACCGCCGGACACUCGCCGCCAUGGCCCCGCCCGUGCCCGCGCUGAGCCCCGAGCAGAAGAAGGAGCUGGCCACCAUCGCCCAGCGCAUCGUGGCCCCCGGCAAGGGCAUCCUGGCCGCCGACGAGUCCACUGGCAGCAUCGCCAAGCGGCUGAGCUCGGUGGGCGCCGAGAACACGGAGGAGAACCGGCGCUGGUACCGGCAGCUGCUCUUCACGGCCGACAAGCGCGUGGAGCCGUGCAUCGGCGGCGUCAUCCUCUUCCACGAGACCAUGUACCAGAAGGCCGACGACGGCCGCCCCUUCCCGCAGGUCAUCCGCGACAAGGGCGCCCUGGUGGGCAUCAAGGUGGACAAGGGGGUGGUGCCCCUGGCUGGCACUGACGGCGAGACCACGACCCAGGGGCUGGACGGGCUGAUGGAGCGCUGUGCCCAGUACAAGAAGGACGGCGCGGACUUUGCCAAGUGGCGCUGCGUGCUGAAGAUCUCGGCGCACACCCCGACGCGCCUGGCCAUCAUGGAGAACGCCAACGUCCUGGCGCGCUACGCCAGCAUCUGCCAGCAGAACGGCAUCGUGCCCAUCGUGGAGCCCGAGAUCCUCCCGGACGGCGACCACGACCUCAAGACGUGCCAGUACGUCACCGAGAAGGUCCUGGCAGCCGUGUACAAAGCCCUCAGUGACCACCACGUGUACCUGGAGGGGACGCUGCUCAAGCCCAACAUGGUGACCGGUGGCCACGCCUGCAGCACCAAGUACAGCCCCGAGGAGAUCGCCAUGGCAACGGUCACCGCGCUGCGCCGCACCGUGCCGCCCGCCGUGCCCGGGAUCACGUUCCUGUCGGGCGGGCAGAGCGAGGAGGAGGCGUCGCUGAACCUCAACGCCAUCAACCGCUGCCCGCUGCCGCGGCCCUGGGCGCUGACCUUCUCCUACGGCCGCGCCCUGCAGGCCUCGGCCCUCAAGGCCUGGGCCGGCAAGAAGGACAACACCAAGGUGGCCCAGGAGGAGUACGUGAAGAGAGCGCUGGCCAACUCUCUGGCGUGCCAGGGCAAGUACACCCCGAGUGGCACCGCGGGGGCGGCCGCCAGCGAGUCCCUCUUCGUGUCCAACCACGCCUACUGACCCCCGCUGGCCACUGCCCCCCUGCCCGCUGACCGCUGCCCGCUGCCCAGUGCCCAGUGCCCGCUGACCAGUGCCCACUGACCACUGACCAGUGCCCGCUGACCAGUGCCCAGUGCCCGCUGACCAGUGCCCACUGACCACUGACCAGUGCCCGCUGACCAGUGCCCACUGACCACUGACCACUGCCCGCUGACCAGUGCCCAGUGCCCGCUGACCAGUGCCCACUGACCACUGACCAGUGCCCGCUGACCAGUGGCCACUGCCCCCUGCCCGCUGACCCCUGCCCACUGCCCAGUGCCUAGUGCCCAGUGCCCACUGCCCAGUGCCCGCUGACCAGUGCCCAGUGCCCGCUGCCCAGUGCCCAGUGCCCGCUGCCCUCACCGUGGCCACGCCCCCCCGGCCAGGCCCCGCCCCUCCCCCCCCCCCCCGCAAUAAAAAGGUCGUGGAUGAA